UCUGGUAGCAUGAAUCAGCUACUAUGUAGAGGUAUUAAACACUGUCCAGGGAGGUGGGGAGGAGACACUGACAGCAGGUCAGAGCUCACACCAGCAGCACCCACAGCAUUCACUCACCCAACAUCAGGGAUGGAGAAAUCUGUGUUACUCAUGUUGCUUGUCCUCUCAGGGCUCAGCAUCCUCCCCUCAUGUUUCUCUUUCCAUUAUGAGUUUGUGAAUGAGAGUAAGACCUGGUAUGAAGCACAGAGGAUCUGCAGAGAGAACUACACUGACCUGGCCACCUUCUAUGACAACACAACCAACCCUGUAAAAGAGUUUCCUCAUGUCAGAGCGUGGAUAGGACUGUCUAGCGGCUCUUGGAUCUGGUCCCUUAAAGAUACCAUUUUAGACUCCAGUUACACUGACUUUUAUCAAGCUGAUAAAGACGUGCCUGAACAGUCGUAUGAAAAUAAGAUCUGUGCGAAAAUGUUCGACAUGUCAUGGAAGCCUUUCAACUGUUCAGAGGAAAUUCCUUUUAUAUGCUAUGACAUCAAUGACGGAAAAAAGUACAUCUGCCCGCGUCAGAACAAGACAUGGAAUGAAUCUCAAAGCUACUGUCGGGCAAAUCACAUAGACCUGGUCAGUGUGAAAACCCUGGAUGAAAAAAAACAAAUAUUCAGUCAAAUUAUACCAGAGCCAUAUUGCCAAAAGGGAUUUUGGAUUGGCCUGAGUAGAGUGAAGUGGCAAUGGUCUGACCAGAGUAACUUUGACAUCGGUAACUGGAAUGUAAAACAGCCUAACAAAUGGGAUGAAAAGCAAUGUGUGGAAAUGUCCAUUCCAUCUAGAGUAUGGAAUAACGACGGGUGUGAACAAGCAAAACCAUUCAUCUGCUAUAAUGACGACCUGGUCCUGGUGCGUGAGAACAAGACCUGGGUGGAAGCCCUGAACCACUGCAGAGAGAACAGGUGGGAUCUGGUGUCCAUCCACUCUGAGAGGAUCCAGCACUGGGUUCAACGUCAGGCCAGAAAAGCCACCACCCCCUAUGUCUGGCUGGGCCUAAGGUACACCUGUAUACUGCAGGUCUGGUUCUGGGUGAGUGAACAGGCCCUGUGCUACCAGAACUGGGCCCUGGGCCACGGGGGGAGCUGGGAGGAGUGUAAGAAGUCAGGUGCCAUGCCGAGGGAGGGGCCACAGCAGUGGGAGGGCAAGAACCAGACAGAGAAGCUCAACUUCAUCUGCAACAAGAAACCUCAUGAUUACUAGGAUUCAAACUACGUAUGUCCAGUUCAUCUUGUCAUAAUCACCUGCUUGAAACAAGAGACGGGAAUGCAAACAGCUAUUUGGUGUUUUUGCUAUUUUAACUUUUUACUAUUUCCUAAUUUGUCUGAUUUACACUUAAUUUCACAUGUUAAUGUUUAUGUUUUAAGGUUUUGGAUUACUUGGAUCACCUGAUGGUGAGCUUUAAAUGAGUGCUGUCUAUGGAGUCACUUAUACUGUAUGAAUCAUAGUUCAAUGAGUCUCUUUGUCCUCACCUUUCUGUCUCCAGAAUAUUAAGAUGUGUUCAGAGGUUCAGAGGUUCUUCAUCUUUACAUCAGGAUUUAAGGAAUUCACUUUUGUCACCUUUUGCUUUCUCCUAUUUGACUUCUUAAUACUUUAAUCGUUUUUUUGGGGGGGGCAUUUAAAAUUAAAUUAAAAUAAAAAGCAUGUUAAUGUUUUACGGUUUUGGAUGUAGGUGUUGUGGUAGUGAUUUAAAUGUUUUCUCCAAUAAAUAUAUUGUUUCUUUUUUUUUUUCUUUUUUUUUAUUGAAAAGUAAGUACUACAAGCUUAACAUGAAUAAAAGGAGGAGUAGCAGGACAAUUCCUUACAUAAUGUCCAGAUUGUAUCAUAUUCAAGUACACAGGAAAGUAAAAAAAUUACCCCAAAUCUGCAUAAGUCAUCCACAUCUCCUAAGCACAGACAAAAAAACUAGUUUAGUUUUAAGAAUGUUUACUCCUUAAACAUCUCCCUCCUGGGAUUUGAAAAGGGAACCGUUAAAUCAUUUCAGAAUAACAUGCAUAAAUCAUAUGAUAAAGAAUCAAAGAGGCUCAAAGAUACAAAUAAAUGGUGUGGCCACAUGUGUACUGAGGAAUUUAACAUUUCAGGUAUUGUAUCAAUUGUAAUCACAUGAUUUUAACUCAUCAACAGGCACACAGGUGCCUUCUCUGCCGGGGAGGACUAGGCCCUGGAUGUGGCCUUGUGGGAGGAGCAUAUCUGGAUCUGAUUUCAAAAUCCAAUGUACAAAGCCACCAUGGGGCUCAGGAGAUAUCCCCAGCUUCAUAGUUUGAUGGUUAGAGCUUCUCUUGUGGCUGGGUGGUAGUUGUGUUUUGUAUGGCAAAUGCUAUGGCAAAGAAACAUUCAGCUAUACAUGGACUAACAGAGGAAAUGGAUACGGGUCGUUUUAGACCCAUGUUGUGCAUUAGAAGGGGUUUGCAAAGCUUGCGUUUCAAAGGGUUACUCAAACUGGCUGAAAUCUGGAUCGUCCUGGAACCCUUCAGAGACUGCAUCCUUGGUCUCCUUAAGCUCCUCUUGCUCCUCCUUGGAUGGUGGAGGCAAAACAGCAUUCAGUUCUUUUUCGAUUUUCUGGAGCCUUGCUUUGGUUUUUAACUCGUACUCUUUUUUGUUUUUCAGGGCAAUCUCUCGAAUACUUUCUUCUGCCUCGUCACAAGAUGCAGCCAGCUUGUGUCUUUCUUCUACAAACUGAGGGCCUUCGGAAUCCAAGGCCAUGAGUCUACUCAGGCUGCCGAUUCGAUCCAUCAGGUGUUUGCUGGAGAUCUCAGUUGUAGGUUCCAGAGAUCAUGUUAACCAGGCUGGCAAUGUUGGAUGCUUCAAAAGUCUGUUGGUAUAGCUGAUCUUUCAAAAACAUUUUGGUUGAAUACUUCAUGUUUUCGGGAUGUGGAAUUUUAGCGGUAUCAACAAAGUCUUUUAGAGAUGUCUUCAGGGAAGUGUCUAUGAUGUUUGAGAUCAUCUGGAAGAACUGCACCAUUUUACGCCACUUUUCCUGCAACCUUCCCAUGGCUGUGAGACCAAUGGCCAGAAGCCUGAUAGUGGUCUCAAAGUCAAUCUCUUUGACCUCAUAGGAUCUCAACUUCAUCAAGGUCUCUGUUAGUUCUCUUUUCUUACGUUCCAUUUUUUCCAAAGAUUUUUCAUAUUGCUGUGUAGCCUGAUCAAGUUGAAUUCGCAUCUGCUCAAUGCGAAAACGGGCAUUUUGUGUUGCUGUUUCAGUUGCAGAUGAUGACUGGCUGCUUUGGGCUUUUGCCUUCGCAGGAGUUUGGACUGGGAAAGAGGAAGUAUUGGAUUCUUUUUUCCCCAUAGAAUCAAAUUUGUGUGCAGAUUUCAUAAGAUCUUUGAUUCGCUGGACCAGUGCUUUGUUCUUGUUGGCAUCAUUAUGCUUCCCCUUAGGGGUCAUUUGGGUCAGGUCAGAGCAGAUAGAAAUAGCUUCCUGACGAAUGUUUUCAGCAAGGCGUUUUGCAGGACUUUUCUUUACAUCUGGUAUUUUCACGUCUUCAACGUUCUUCUUUAUCCAGUCACUCUUUGACUUCCCAGUUUUUGGGUCAACAACCAAUGUCCAUUGGAUUUGAUUUUUCUGAAUGAAGCCGCUCAAAGACUGGACAGCAGGCAGAAGGAGGCACGUCUUACUAAAAAUGUUGCUUGCCUUGUUUCCAGGAUGUCCGGCUGUGGCUGGUCCCCCUCUUAAGUUUUUUUUCCCUCCAAGACCUGUAAGUUGAUGAACAAGUGAACCAAGAGGAUUUUUCAGAUUUUUGAUGCCAUCAGUAA